AUGUGGCCAGCAGUCUCGCGUGUGGUAGACGCCAUGGAAAAAUGGCCUGGAACAGAAGAGCCAACCCACACGGGUUUCAAUCUAGCAAAAAACACUUCAGAUCCCUUCUAUGUAGAGAUUCAAAAGAGCCCAAGGAGAGCGCGCGAAUUCGCAGAUGAUACCUCCAAUUGGCCAGAAGACUAUCAGAAAAACCAAUGGGCCAAGGACAAAAUCGCCGUAUUAGGAUCAGGUGCUAGUAGCUUCCAAACUGUGACAGCACUACAGCCAUAUGCAAGAAGUCUCGGUUGUUUCAUCCUUACAGGAGCGUGUUUCGCCGCGAUCGUGGAUAAUUUUGGCAUGUAUCAUGAAUACUCAGAAAAAGAUAGGAAGAGAUUUAGAGAAGAUCCUGAAGCACUUGUUGCCCAUGCCAAAUCCCUUGAAAAAGAGAUGGCAUAG